AUGCAGGAAAUACAGAAAGUAAGUGAAGAUUUUCUUGCGAGAGGAGGGGCAGCUGUCGCAUCUCCAACACCAGUACUUCCCUGCAGUCAGCUGUCGCAUCUCCAACACCAGUACUUCCCUGUAGUCAGCUGUCGCAUCUACAACACCAGUAAUUCCCUGCAGUCAGCUGUCGCAUCUCCAAUACCAGUACUUCCCUGCAGUCAGCUGUCGCAUCUCCAACACCAGUACUUCCCUGCAGUCAGCUGUCGCAUCUCCAACACCAGUACUUCCCUGCAGUCAGCUGUCGCAUCUCCAACACCAGUACUUCCCUGCAGUCAGCUGUCGCAUCUCCAACACCAGUACUUCCCUGCAGUCAGCUGUCGCAUCUCCAACACCAGUACUUCCCUGCAGUCAGCUGUCGCAUCUCCAACACCAGUACUUCCCUGCAGUCAGCUGUCGCAUCUCCAACACCAGUACUUCCCUGCAGUCAGCUGUCGCAUCUCCAACACCAGUACUUCCCUGCAGUCAGCUGUCGCAUCUCCAACACCAGUACUUCCCUGCAGUCAGCUGUCGCAUCUCCAACACCAGUACUUCCCUGCAGUCAGCUGUCGCAUCUCCAACACCAGUACUUCCCUGCAGUCAGCUGUCGCAUCUCCAACACCAGUACUUCCCUGCAGUCAGCUGUCGCAUCUCCAACACCAGUACUUCCCUGCAGUCAGCUGUCGCAUCUCCAACACCAGUACUUCCCUGCAGUCAGCUGUCGCAUCUCCAACACCAGUACUUCCCUGCAGUCAGCUGUCGCAUCUCCAACACCAGUACUUCCCUGCAGUCAGCUGUCGCAUCUCCAACACCAGUACUUCCCUGCAGUCAGCUGUCGCAUCUCCAACACCAGUACUUCCCUGCAGUCAGCUGUCGCAUCUCCAACACCAGUACUUCCCUGCAGUCAGCUGUCGCAUCUCCAACACCAGUACUUCCCUGCAGUCAGCUGUCGCAUCUCCAACACCAGUACUUCCCUGCAGUCAGCUGUCGCAUCUCCAACACCAGUACUUCCCUGCAGUCAGCUGUCGCAUCUCCAACACCAGUACUUCCCUGCAGUCAGCUGUCGCAUCUCCAACACCAGUACUUCCCUGCAGUCAGCUGUCGCAUCUCCAACACCAGUACUUCCUUGCUGUUAGCUGUCGGAUCACCAGCGCCAGUAGUUCCCCAGACCUGCUAAAAAGUAAAUGUGGUCGAAUAAUAUAG